AUGUGUAGAAAGUCAUUCGGUAAAGAAAUGGUAUCAGCGAAAUCUCUUUUAGAGAUUAUUCAUACAGAUCUUUGCGGUCCAAUUGAGUUAGCCACUUGGAAUAAUCAUAAGUAUUUUGUCACCAUUCUGGAUGAUUAUACUCACUUUUGUGCAGUGUACCUUUUAAGAAGUAAAAAUGAGGUAUUUGAUAAAUUAAAGCAAUUUGUGUUCUUGGCAGAAAAUCAUUUUCGGUUACGAGUUAAAAAAAUAAGAUGUGAUAAUGGAACUGAAUACUCGAACAAUAGCCUAGUAUCGUGGUGUCAAAAUAAAGGCAUUGUCCUAGAUCUAACUAUUCCAUAUACGCCGCAGCUUAAUGGUAAAGCAGAACGACUGAACCGUACUCUCAUGGAGAAAACGAGAGCCUUAUUGUUGGAUGGAGCGGUACCCAAAUACCUCUGGGGGGAAGCAUUACUAACAGCAAGUUUCUUAUUAAAUAGAUGUCUUACAAAAGAUGAUCGUUGUAAAAAGGGUAUACUAGUUGGCUAUGUAAGAAACGGGUAUAAAAUUUGGUACGAAAAUAAAAUUAUACGAGCACGAGAUGUGCGAAUUAAUGAGAGUGAACAAGGAGUUUUAGGUGGAUACUUAGAAGAUAAUGAAGUAAUUCAUGGGCUUUGGGAAGGUGACAGGGAGGACCAGAAUAGUAAUAACACAAAUAAAAAAAAUCGGGAAGAAGAAGUCAGAGAAGUUCGAGAAGGAGAUGUUGCUAGAAAUAUCAGUAAUAGUGCAAACGAAGUUCGAGAAGCUGAAGUUGCAAGAAAUAUUAGCAAUAGUGCAAAUGGUGUUCGAGAAGGUGAUUUUGGAAGAAUUGUUGAACCGCAGCGAAAUAGAAAACCACCAGAUCGAUACAAAGACUUUAUAAUGGAAGAUGGAGAGUUUUCUCUGCUGACGUUUGAGGAGGGAAUCGAUUCAAAAGAAAAGGAGAACUGGUGGAAAGCUAUAAAAGAAGAAAUGAACUCCUUAAAAGAGAAUAACACAUGGUCUUUUGUUGAUGAGAAAGAGGCAGAAGGAAGAAGAUUGGUUACAAGUAAGUGGAUCUUUACUGUGAAGGGAGAUGGAAGAUAUAAGGCGAGACUUGUUGCUAGAGGUUUUCAACAAAAAUACAAGAUAGAUUAUGAUGAAACAUAUAGUCUGUUAUAG